CUUUUAGACUUUUCUCUGUAGAUAUUUUCCCACAAGUUGUGUAAUGGUUGUUGAAGAAGCUUUAAUACAUAUUUCAACAAUCACACAAGUGGACCCUUUGAACACACUAUUUAUCUCUACUGUUUCUGAGUGUAUAUCUCUUAUUCCAAUAUACAGCCCCCUCUUUUCCAGAUAAAAAUCAACACUCCUGAAGAUGGCUGAUGCCUUUGUGUCAUUUGCAGUUCAAAAAUUGGGUGAUUUCCUCAUUCAACAAGUUUCCCUGCGUACAAGUCUCAGAGAUGAAGUUAGAUGGCUGAGAAAUGAGCUACUGUUCAUACAGUCUUUCCUCAGAGAUGCAGAACUAAAGCAAAGCGGAGAUCUAAGAGUUCAACAAUGGGUGUUUGAGAUCAACUCUAUUGCUAAUGAUGCUGUUGCUAUACUCGAGACUUACACCUUCGAGGCUGGUAAACGUGCUAGUUGUCUCAAGGCAUGCGCUUGCAUAUGUAGGAAGGAGAAGAAAUUCUACAAUGUUGCCGAGGAGAUCCAAUCACUCAAGCAACGAAUCAUGGAUAUCUCUCGCAAACGAGAGACUUAUGGUAUUACAAAUAUCAAUUAUAAUACAGGAGAAGGGCCAAGUAAUCAGGUUACAACAUUGAGGAGAACUACCUCAUAUGUGGAUGACCAGGAUUACAUUUUUGUUGGACUACAGGAUGUUGUACAAAAAUUGCUAGCUCAACUUCUCAAAGCAGAGCCUCGUCGAAUUGUCCUCUCCAUUUAUGGAAUGGGCGGAUUAGGCAAGACCACUCUUGCCAGAAACCUCUACAACAGUCCUGAUAUACUCAAUAGCUUCCCUACACGUGCUUGGAUAUGUGUCUCUCAAGAGUACAACACAAUGGAUCUUCUUCGGAAUAUCAUAAAAUCCAUCCAAGGUCGCACCAAGGAAACUCUAGAUUUGUUGGAAAGGAUGACAGAAGGAGAUCUAGAAAUUUAUCUUCGUGAUCUAUUAAAAGAACGCAAAUACCUUGUGGUGGUUGAUGAUGUAUGGCAGAAAGAAGCAUGGGAGAGUUUCAAAAGAGCAUUCCCGGAUGGCAAGAAUGGCAGCAGAGUCAUUAUUACCACGCGCAAAGAGGAUGUCGCUGAAAGAGCAGACGAAAGAGGUUUUGUUCAUAAACUUCGUUUCCUAAGCCAAGCAGAAAGUUGGGAUCUCUUUUGUAGGAAACUACUUGAUGUUCGAGCAAUGGUUCCAGAAAUGGAAAGUCUAGCUAAGGAUAUGGUGGAAAAGUGUAGAGGCUUACCUCUUGCCAUUGUUGUAUUGAGCGGACUACUUUCGCAUAAAAAGGGGCUAAACGAAUGGCAAAAGGUGAAAGAUCACCUUUGGAAGAACAUUAAAGAAGAUAAAUCUAUUGAAAUCUCUAAUAUACUAUCCUUAAGCUACAAUGAUUUGUCAACUGCGCUCAAGCAGUGUUUUCUCUACUUUGGUAUUUUUCCAGAAGAUCAAGUGGUCAAGGCUGAUAACAUAAUAUGGUUGUGGAUGGCGGAGGGUUUCAUACCCAGAGGAGAUGAAAGAAUGGAGGAUGUCGCUGAAGGCUUCUUGAAUGAGCUGAUAAGACGAAGCUUGGUUCAAGUGGCUAAUACAUUUUGGGAAAGAGUUACUGAAUGUAGGGUUCAUGAUUUACUCCAUGAUCUUGCAAUACAAAAGGCAUUGGAGGUAAACUUCUUUGACAUUUAUGAUCCAAGAAGCCACUCCAUAUCCUCUUUAUGUAUCAGACAUGUGAUUCAUAGUCAAGGAGAAAGGUACCUCUCACUUGAUCUUUCUAACUUAAAGUUGAGGUCAAUUAUGUUCUUCGAUCCAGAUUUUCGUAACAUGAGUCUUAUAAACUUCAGGAGUGUGUUCCAGCAUCUAUAUGUGUUGUACUUGGAUAUGCCUGUUGGGAAUAUGUCCAUAGUACCUGAUGCCAUAGGAAGUUUGUACCACCUCAAGUUCUUAAGUUUGAGAGGUAUCUGUGAUGUUCCGUCUUCCAUUGGCAACCUCAAGAAUCUACAGACACUUGUUGUUGAUGCGGGCGGAUACACUUGCCAACUACCCCGCGAGAUAGCUGACCUGAUAAAUUUAAGACAUUUAGUUGCUCGGUACUAUUCAAAACCUCUGGUACAUAUAAGCAAACUCACCAGUCUUCAAGUUGUUGAUGGCAUCUCUUGUGAUCAGUGGAAAGAUGUUGACCCUGUCGAUUUAGUCAAUCUUCGAGAAUUAAGCAUGGAGUAUAUUAACAAAUCUUACUCCCUAAACAACAUUAGCAGCUUGAAAAACCUUAGCACUCUCAGAUCGUUUUGUAUAGGUGGUCAAUCAUUCCCAUCCCUUGAAUUUGUUAAUUGUUGUGAAAAGCUCCAGAAAUUGUGGUUAGAUGGGAGAAUAGAGAAACUGCCUGAUCUGUUUCCAAAUUCCAUCACAAUGAUGGUUCUGAGGUUCUCAGUACUGACAGAAGAUCCGAUGCCUAUUUUGGGAAUGUUGCCAAACCUAAGGAAUCUCGAUUUGUUUAGAGCUUAUGAAGGAAAAGAAAUAAUGUGCAGUGAUAACAACUUCAGUCAACUGGAGUUCCUUAUUCUUUAUGAUCUUGAGAACCUAGAAAGAUGGCAUUUAGGCACAAAUGCCAUGCCUCUGAUUAAAUGUCUUGGUAUCCAUGACUGUCCAAAUUUAAAAGAGAUUCCUGAGAGAAUGAAAGACGUGGAGCUGUUGAAGAGGAAUUAUACAUGGUGAAGCUUUUCAAGCAUAUAUGAUGUCUUAUUUCGGCCUCUUUAUAAUCAUAGAGGUAUUGAUGGGGGCAUUUCUGCCAAGCACUUGAAGACAUUGGUUAUUUCCGGGCUAUCAAUGAGAGUGGUUUUAGUGUUUGAUUUCUUAUUGUUUUAAGCUUUUUGAGUGAGUCUAAUUGGUUUGAACAUUGUUGUUUGUAGUUUGUAGUUUCCUCUUAACUGAAGGCUUACUUCACUUUACUUUGAAGAAUCCUAUGCAUAUUGAUGAAGCCAGUGCGAGGGCUGUGAACUUCGAAAUGGAGAGAAAUUUGACAAAAUGACCUUAAAUCAUUGUAAACUGACCCCUAAUCAAAUGCAUGGGCAGACUGUACAUAUUGGGGGCUUAGUUAGACUGUAUCUAGUUCUUGCAUCAGUAGAAACAAUCUAUGUCACUGUCUGGGCAUCACCAAGUGUUUCUCUUCAUCUAGGGAAGGCAGAAAAUGCCGAUGAGUUCAAGAACAACCAUGCUGGAGUGAGAUUG